AUGAGUUCUCCAAUUUCAACGGACGCAUUCUGGGGCCCGCCAACAUCCCAUGCAAAUUUCUGCGACGAGGUAUCUCCCACCAAAUACACCAGUAACCCCAACCGCAUGGCAAUAAUAUUUAACUUCUGUAACCAGGACUAUACCAUAACCCGCUACAUCGCCGAAUUCAACAACACCCUGACCAACCUCACCUACACUCUCUACGCCCUCCACGGCCUCCGUCAUCUCCCGCACCAACCCUCUCCAUCAUUUUCGCGCCGUAUCCCAUACUACGGCCUCAUCGGCGUAGGCCUCUGCUCCGCUGGAUUCCACCUGAGUCUGAAGUAUCACACGCAGAUGAUGGACGACCUCUCCAUGCUCCUCACCACCACCCCGCUCCUCCACCGCGUGCUGACCGUCAACACCAGCGCACAGACCUCGUCGCGCAUGGCGCUGGCGCUGGGAGCCACGCUGCUGGGCCUCGCGGCCGUGCACGUUGCGACGGACGAGCUGGUCCUCCACGCGGUGAGCUUUGUGGGCAGUGUGACGGUCAUCGGGGUGCGGACGAUGCAGUUGAUCCAGCAGCGGACGAGCCGGGGGUCCGUUGCGAGGGAGGAGUUGUGGGCGUUGGUGCGGUGGCAUAUCUUCACCGGGGUGGGCGCUUACACCUUUAUCGCGGUGAUUGACCACCUUGUCUCUGGCGCGGAGCAUGCGGAUCUGCAGAGGUCGGUGGCGUGGCCGUUGAGUUGGAUGGUCAGCAGGACAACAGAAGCCAAGGUGAAGGAGUGA